UGUCUCUAGCAGCGUCCCUCAGUUCUCGACAUGGCAGCGCUGAGAGAGGAGUUGCGAUAUGGACUGUCGUGCGCGAAAAUCAACAGGAGCCUUCCUAAUAAGAGUCUGUACCACGUCAAGCUUACCGACACCGCUAUGCGAGCGCUGGAAGCUUUCCAGAACUUUAAGGGUGCUGGAUCCAGUCAGCCGGUCAUUUGCUUUAAGGGAACCCAAGGGUAUAUCAAGAUACCAAGCCUGUCUCCAAGCUCUCCAGGUGCUCUGCGUCUCUUCUCAUUUUAUCUGUCUAGUGACAGUAAAGAAAAACCCCAGUCCAGCUUUGAUUGCAUCCAUCAUUAUGUCUCCAGCUCAGGACGUGAUCAGCUUGAGUGCCAGGGAAGUAUUCAAGACAAAAUCACAGUAUGUGCAACUGAUGACUCCUAUCAGAUGACCCGGGAGAGGGUGUCCCAGGUGGAGAAAGAGACUUGGAGUAGAUCAGCAAUAGAAAUUAAGCCAAGCUCCACAUAUCGAAGUAAAUGCAUCAAGUUGCAAAAAAAGCAAAGUCUUCCUCCUACUCCUGACAAUAUUCCUUUUCGGAAACACUCUCCCACUAGCCCAGUGCUAGCAGGAAAGAGGGGAACACUGUCCUCCAGUAUUUUGACAUCUCGUUCACUUAGAGAUCGCAUUAUUCACCUGUUGGCUUUAAAGCCAUACAAGAAGCCUGAACUGAUUGUUUGGCUAGAAAGAGACAAAGCCCAUGCAAAGGACAAGAUGGACUUGGCCUCAGUGUUAGAGGAAGUGGCAAAGCUCAACCCUAAAGAUAGCAGCUACUCUUUAAAGGAUGAGUUAUUUAGACAUGUGCAAAAGGACUGGCCUGGAUAUUCUGAGGAAGACAAGCAGCUUCUUCACAGACUACUCUUAAGGCAGCUGCCAACUCUGAACAUGAACCAACCUAAAAAUAAUCCAUCAAAUAUGUCUUUCCAGAAGCUUUCUGGUGAUUCCCCUUCACAUGCCAGCCCAGUCAGUAGCAUUUCAGUGAAACGCAUUUUGUCAUCAGAAACAUCGCAUAACCAAGUGAAUAAGAAACAGAAGGUACUGGAAUCGCCUCAGCUACCCCCAGAUUGCCUAUCCAGCCCUCCUCCUACUCAUUGCACUACUGCCUCUUCUGUGUCCAGUUUUCUGCGAAGGGCGGACUCUGCUUCAGAAAGCCAAAACAGCUUUUUACCAUCUCAUCAGUACAGCAACUCUGGUGUUAACCAGUCACCUAGAAAGACUGAAGGAGACCUGAAGCAAGCACAUUAUAACUCAUUACGAACUUCAUAUUCCCAUAAGGAUGAAAGUUCUGCCAUUUCUCAGCACAAAAAGAAAAAAUCCAAAAAGCACAGAGAUAAGGAGAGACAACCCUUGAAAGAAGGAGAAUCUAGUGAAUGGGAGGAAACUAGUCCUGACCUAAAAUAUAGAAUAGAAGAGCAUGAGAAAGCAAGCCCUCUGUCCACUCCUACAUCUCCUUCAGAAAUGACUGAUUAUUUAAUCAAAUACAUUACAAUAACAUCUGAGAAGCAACGGCAGGAUUACAAAAGUGAUUUUUGUGCAGAAUACGAUGAAUACAGAGACCUACAUUCAAGGAUAGGCAAUGUAACAGAAAAAUUUGUUCAGCUUGGUUCCCAAAUAAAAACUCUCUCUCCAGGUACUAAGGAAUAUAAGGUUAUUGAGGACCAAAUAAUUGAAGAAUACCGCAAGUAUAAAAAGAAAUGUCCUGGAUAUAAUGAAGAAAAGAAACGCUGCGAGUAUUUACAUCAGAAACUGUCACACAUAAAACGCCUCAUACUUGAUUAUGACCAAACCAAUAAUGCGCCUUUGGAGUGUUAAACUGAACAGUCUCUGAAAUGAACCAAAACACUGUCUACAACUAGCACUGGAGUCAUGCUGAGAAAGUGGAGAAAACUGCAUAUUUCAAGAUGGGAACGUUCACCUCUCAAGACAUGGCCCAUCCUACCUCAGCUGGGACUGGGUAGUGUAGGGGUGGCAUUUCUCCUACGGAUUGUGCCCUCUCUAUUACUGCCAUGUUCAUAUUUAAAUACAGUAAAGGAUGAAUAUGGCAGUAUGUCUGCUAAUGUAUGUACAUCAAGAUGAUUUUGAUUGGAUGGUGCCAGAUAGCCUUUAUUGUUAUACUUUUACUGGGACCUUUACCGUAAAGUUUUGCCAGAAAAAUAUUCACCAGUUUGGAUUAACAUUUUCUGUACACAGACAUGAAAAAUAGAUUUUAUUAUUGUUUUGUGGAUAAGAGAUAGGGUCCAAAGAUUUUUGUUUACCAUUCUCAACUUUUGACCAGACAUCCUCAAUCAAAAUGCUGUUGCUUAAAGCAGGCUGACAGAAGAGGUCACCAGGUAGCGCAGAUUGCCUCCACUGUUGAUCUUUCCAGCUUUCUGCACAGAUGAUAAGUAAUAUUAAAAACAGUUGUGCAGAUAUGCCGGUGGCUUGAGCGCUUUUAUCUUCCAUGGCAGCAGUUAUUGUAUAAAUAGUUUGGACAUGAAAACAUGGACUUAUAUUCCAUGAGCAAAACAAAGCUGUUAAUUAACAUUCAGUUGGACAACUGGUAGCACACAUUUCAAUCAGCUAAAUAGACAACAACAUGAAUAAAAAGCAAAGAAGUUUCCUGGUGCAGUAAAAAUACAUUUGCUGUGAAUUCAUGCCUCAUCAUCCCCCUUCAAAUAUAUUUAAAAAAAAAGGAAUUAAGUUAAACCAAGGGUACAACUGGUUAUUUUGGUCUUGGUUGAUAUAUCAAAAAUCUGUUGUGACAAUUUUUCAAAUAUCUUGAAUUGGCAUUAAAUAUGUAGAUAUCGAAAUGUAAAGUUAUCUUUCUGUGACCUUGCCAUCAAGUCUUGUUUAAUUUAGUAAAGGCUUUUAAAAGUAAUAAUCUACAUUGUUGUAACUGCAUUGCAAGCCUUUUUUAAGCUUAUGAUAAAAUAUUUUAAAAAUUAGGUGUUUUCCAAGGUUGUUUUAAGCGGUAGUGCUUAAUUUUAAUAUAAAUAUUACUCAAUUAAAUUUACCAAAGUGAAGCUGGAUCCUUUCUCUUUGUACUGUUUAGCCUAUUUAGAGAAAUGAGCCAGAUCAAGCACAAAGAGUGUUCAAAAGCAUUUCAACAUUCCCAGCAGUUUGGUUGUCAUUUGCUUUUUUUAUGUCACAAAGUCAAUUCAGAUUAUGGCCUUCAAAGCUGUAGCACCUGAAAUAAUUUCCAUAGCAUACUUUGUCAUUUUUUUUUGUUAAUUCUACAAGUAUUCCUGUUAAGAGGCUCAAACUUGUUCAUUUUAUAUCACUUUAUGAUAACUAGAACACAUUGUUUAUUAAAAAGUAAAACCUAAACUCAGCAGAUGACUUUGUAUCUGCAGUACUCAAAAAAAGUAGGCCUUUCUUGGCAAAUUACAGUUACUUUUCAUAUUCCAUAAUUUUUCACAUGCAAGUUACCUGUAAUUAUUACUGCAUCAUUUAAGUCAGAGUACAGUAAUUGGGAUCACUGGAUGUGUGAAAGUCUGUUACAAUAUCAGUUUACAGUAUUGCUCAAAUGGGCAGCACAAUAUUUGCAACGUUGGUUUUAUCCAUCCAAGCCUAGAUUUCUGUUUAGUGAGUUCUGAAUGUGAAUCACUGCAUACUUUCAAGUGUCCUUUAUGAAGUUUCAUUAUGACAGGAAAGAACAGUGGCUGUUUAUAGAACUCCUUUUAAUGUCAGGGACCCCAUCGAUUACAGUAAUUAGUCAUUCCUCUGCUUCAUUAUAUUUAGUAUUUUAUACAAGACAAUAUUUUUGUGUGUUUUUUGAGCACCUUUUUGAUCAUUUUCAAACUUGAUGUCUUGUUCCUACACAAUUCUUGGCAGAGGAAGAUUCCUUUAGCUGAAGGUUGUGAUGGUCUCUGUGCAUUCCGUGUCUGCUGUACAAAUGAAUAAUGCAAGUGCUAACACGUUGGCUCGUAUGCAUAGUGAAUUUUUAUACAGCUUGCACUUUCAAGCCUUCUCUUUAAAUUUAGGUCCUUAGAAUUGCUGAGUUUCAUCUGGAAUGGCCAAACACACGGGCCUCUUCCAGGGGUUUGAAUGAUCACACAUUCUUUUCGUGUUAACAUAGUUUGACUAAAGGGGACUUCCAUUUCCUAAAUAGAAAAAUCUCUUGAAUUUGUUAAACAUAUGUUAAUGUAGACGUACUGUUGCAAAGUUAGAAAACAUUACAAAAUUGAAGUACUUUACGGUGCAGAAUUAACAAUGAAAGGAGGUUUAAAAAUGGUCUGUUUGUGAGAGUUUACAAUAUAUUGGCGCAUGUCAAAUUCUAUAUGUGUUACAGUAUAUUUUUAGUUUCUAACCAUAUGCUCUCGGGGGGGAAAAAAAUGUGUACAACAACAACAACAUUUAUUUAUAUAGCACAUUUUCAUACAAAAAGUAGCUCAAAGUGCUUUACAUAAUGGAGAAAAGAAAAAUAAAAGACAAAAUAAGAAAUUAAAAUAAGACAACAUUAAUUAACAUAGAAAGGAGUAAGGUCCGAUGGCCAGGGUGGACAGAAAAAACAAAAAAAAAACUCCAGAAGGCUGGAGAAAAAAAUAAAAUCUGUAGGGGUUCCAGGCCACGAGACCGCCCAGUCCCCUCUGGGCAUUCUACCUAACAUAAAUGAAAUAGUCCUCUUUGUAGUUUGGGUUCUCACGGAAUCACUUGAUGCUGAUGGUCAUACAGACUUCUGGCUUUUAAUCCAUCCAUCAUUGUUGGAACAUCAUGGUACUUUGAGUAGAUGGUGGUGGCUUCACCACCAAAAGGACACCGGAAAAGGAAACAGAAUAGAAAGUAGGGGUUAGUACAGAUUUUAGAGCCACCAUGAAAAGUUACUAUAAUGAAUUGGAUAUACAGAGUAUCAGGAUUUAAUUUACAGUGAAGUCAUGAGAAGGCCAUGUUAAAAUAAUGUGUUUUCAGUAGUUUUUUAAAGUGCUCCACUGUAUUAGCCUGGCGAAUUCCUACUGGCAGGCUAUUCCAGAUUUUAGGUGCAUAACAGCAGAAGGCCGCCUCACCACUUCUUUUAAGUUUUGCUCUUGGAAUUCUAAGGAGACACUCAGUUGAGGAUCUGAGGUUACGAUUUGGAAUAUAAGGUGUCAGACAUUCCAAUAUAUAAGCCGGGGCGAGAUUAUUUAAAGCUUUAUAAACCAUAAGCAGAAUUUUAAAGUCAAUUCUGAAUGACACAGGUAACCAGUGUAGUGACAUCAAAACUGGAGAAAUGUGUUCGGAUUUUCUUUUCCUGGUAAGGAUUCUAGCAGCUGCAUUCUGCACUAGUUGCAAAUGAUUGAUGUCUUUUUUGGGUAGUCCUGAGAGGAGUGCGUUACAGUAAUCUAGCCGACUGAAAACAAACGCAUGAACUAAUUUCUCUGCAUCUUUCGAUGAUAUAAGAGGUCUAACUUUUGCUAUGUUCCUUAGGUGAAAAAAUGCUGUCCUAGUGAUCUUAUUAAUAUGCGAUUUAAAAUUCAGAUUACAAUCAACGGUUACCCCUAAGCUUUUUACCUCCGAUUUGACUUUUAAUCCUAAUGCAUCCAGUUUAUUUCUAAUAGCCUCAUUGUAUCCAUUAUUGCCAAUCACUAAGAUUUCGGUACUCUGUUAUCAAAGGCAAAUGCUAACAUGUAUUUCAGGCAAGCGUAAGGGAGGCUAAAAAUAUUAAUUGUUUUUGGAAGCAUUUCCAGCCGAUUUAACUGGAGGCAGGUCUGGUUUAAUUCUUUGACACCUUUGUAAUAUUUUCUUGUGUGGAGAUGUUCAUCUCCCCACAUUUUCCAGAAUUCACUGUGAUAUUUUCAAAGCUGGGUGGCAAUUUGAUGGUAGAUUUUUUUAAAUGGUUGUUUUCCUCUUAAGUAAUAUUACUCUGGUAGUCUGUUAAUAAAACAUCAACAUCCUAUAAAAAAGAGACACAGAUUUUUGCAAAUCAACAAAAUAUAACUGGACAUCUUUCUGCUAGUGUGUCUUGACCAUAUUUCCCUGACCAGUAAUCUUAGUGCAGAGACUAUACACUUUUUCAGACUUAUUUCAAAUUGUUCAGACCUAUUUUCAAAUUAAUUCUUUUGUGUACUUUUUGCAUAUCUACUUUUCAUGUACAAGAAACACUAGAAUUUAAUUGCACACUAUCUGGAUCUGUGUGGUUAUGGAGAAAGCAAAGAUGAACGUGGUCUUUUUUCAUGUGUGUUCAUCAUAAUCUUUGAGCAAUGAGUGGAGCGAGCUGCUGUUUAGCAGAGGGUUCAGAAUUACAGUGAAGUUCAAAUUUGCAUUGAUUAUUAAUGUAGGGUCCACUGCUCUGUACAUUUACUGCUCUGGUCUUAAAAAUUGAUGAAAGUGUUUUUCCCCUCUUUCAAUUGAUAAAGUUCUAUUUCUAAUAUAUGCUCCUAAGUUUAUUUUUUAAACUGUAAAUUCUGCAGCCAUGUGGCUGGCACAUUCCAGUUUUAUUUGCUGAUACAAAAUGUGAAAAAAUAAAUAUUGAAUGUUAAGUUUUUAUCAUUCGUCCACCUAUAAAGAUGAAAAUAACUUGUCUAAUUUAUUUAUGUAUUGCAGCAUUUUUAAAGUUAUUAAUCUCGGGAGGGUGUAAAGUGAGGGGGUUAAUAAAGAAUGCAUCUUUUUCAAAUGUUUAAUUUUAGUGACAUUUUACUACCAUUUUGAAUCUUUCAGAGCUGAAAAAAAUAAAAUCCUAUUUAAUGUUUCAUGUGAAAUAAACAGUUCUUUAUCAUUGUA